AUGGCUGCGCUGGUGUCCCUGCAUCUCAAGUCCACCUCCACCUUCGUGGUGUACCUGAAAAACCUCAUAGUUGCAGAUAUUGUUUUGACCAUCAUGAUCCCGGUUAAAAUUGCAGGCGAUUUGCCUGGUAAUUGGGAGGCGAUGUCUAUACCCACGUGCCGUUUUUUCAGUGUCAUUUUCUACAACACGCAAUACACGUGCAUCGCUCUGUUGGGCUUCAUUAGCCUGGACCGUUUCUUCAAGAUCAUGAUGCCGCGCACAACAUUUGCCCAGAAUCUGACCGUCAGCAAAGUGAUUGCAGGCUCCAUCUGGGUGAUCAUGUUUGGAGUCACAGGUUUGCCAAACAUCAUUUUGACCAACAGAACAGUGCCAACCACCCAAAUUUCCGGCUGCAUGAUACUAAAAAGCCCAGCAGGAAUAAGGAACUCUGGGAGCAACAACAGCCAGGGCAAGCAAAAAGUCAAACUGCGAGUUUUUUUAGUUAUCAUUGUGUUUUUUGUUUCUUUCGGUCCGUACCACAUUGUCCGGAUCCCGUACACGUUUCAACAAGUCAGCAGUUCCUCCACGACCACUUGCUCGCAGAUUGACAUACAGAUCAAACUCGCCAAGGAACUCACUCACUGGCUUUCUACGACUAACAUCUGCAUGGACCCCCUUCUCUACGUCUUCUUGUGCCGAGAGUUCAAGGAGCAGCUGAUGGCGCUGAUGAAAAAAGUCAAUCGUUGGAUUUAA